UGUCGUGUGACGUCAUCGCCAAGCGACCAAUUGGAUCGCGCGGGGAUUUGAAAGAAGAAAUGACUGAAAUUCAAACUGUGUUGCAGCACUGUGACCCUGUCCUCCUGGUGCCGUGUGCCAAAGGGGACGAGUCGGACUCUGCAGGCGGGACACUGCUCUUCCUGCAGGACAGUCGGCAGGUACGUAAGGUUCUGUGGCGCCAGCUCUUUGUUCUGGACUCCAUGAUGCAUCUGCUGGAGGGACUCCCAUCUGCCGGGCAACUGCUGACACAGCCCUGCCCCCCACCGCCAGACGGCGCGGCUCGAGGCAGGUGGAAGGCAGCGAAGGCGGAGAGCAGGUCCAGGGCGGACCACACGGAGGCCCUGCUCACCAUGCUGCACCAUAACAUCCAAAACAUUGUCAGGAGACGACACAGAGUGGCACAGCUGCUGCAACAGCUGCACGCCAAGAAACAGCAGAGUGAAGAUGUGGAAACGUCCCUGCAGAGGGCCCACAGUGUUUUGCGGGCAUGUGAUGGUCAGCUGACUCAGCUGAGGGUGGAGCUGGGGGCGGUGUUGGAAUGCGUGGAUGGCUGGCGUUGUUCCAGAGAUGAUUUGAAGGCGUACGCGUCGGCCGUGCAUGAUGUCAUGCACCUCCUCCUGCUUUCCUUCAACCAAUCAGAGGUGUCUUUGGAGCGGGCACCCCACCCCCCAAACCACAGAAACCAGUCGACCAAUGAGCCGGAGCCUCUGAAGGUGUUAGUCACAUGGAGUCAUGAUGACAGCUUCAGACUUCAGGUUAACAAGCCGGGGCUGGUGCCCCACUGCAUCUCAGGCCGCCGCUCGGAGCUGAGCGCCGCUCUUCUGGAGGCCACGCAGUACUACAUGGGUCAGGCCGACCUGCUGUCUGAGAUCCACCGGUUGAGAUCCAGCUUCGCCAUUGACUGGCUUCCUGCUCGCCGACUGCUGGUCUACCUCAAGUCUGCGUCACUUGUGUGCCACCUGCAUGUGCAGGAGGGGUACCCCAACAGUGGAGCGGUCCGCCUGCUGUCAGUGCACAGAGACGGACAUCAAAUGGAAACCUCUGGACUACAGGCUCUUAAACCUGACAGCCGUGUGACGGACUGGCUGCUUCUCCUCUGCAGCAGUCCUCUCAUCUGAUGUCCUUCCAGGCUGCUGCUAGCAUGACAUUGUACUCUUGGCGUGUUUUCAUGGUCUACCACCUUCACAGAGAAAAGUAAACAUGUGACAUCAAGUUCUGACAUGUCUUGC